CGGUGGGCGUAGACAUGUCCACCCUGACCCCUUUCCUCCACACUUCCCUAACAGGGACCACUCAGCAGAGACAAUGGCUAUUCAGCAACAUCAUCAUAUUCUGCUCCAGUGUCUUGCACUGGUGCUGAUGGGUACCUGUCUGCAUGCACACACUGUGAGAGUUCAGCCCAGAGAGCUGUUUGUGGAGCUUGGUUCUGCCUUCAAUCUCAGCUGUUCCACAGAUUGCCCUAGAGGACACGCUUCCUGGGUUACUCUGGAUGACAGUGAUUUUACUACAACUGAAGACAGACAAGGAGUUCUCCUCUCUGUUUUAUCUACACAUGAGCAUCAUGCUGGAGAUUAUGUUUGUAUAUCACAAUGCAAACAGCAACACAAAAAGACUUCAGCCAGACUACAUGUUUUUUCCUUUCCUGACCCUGUGUUGUCCAUGGCUCCACUGAAUCCUGUAUCUGGACAGUCUGUGCAGGUUAAUUGCACAGUUAGUGUUUACUGCAGUGAUAACUACAAAGUGGACAUCAAGCUGUUUGGAGAGGAUGAAUUGAGUGGGCCAAUGCAUACGUUUUGCGAUCAGUCCAACAGUUGCAACCACACACUGUCUGCUACAGAUCGAAGAGGACGAGAGAGAGUUAACUACAUCUGUUUGGCAGAGUUCACCGUUUCCAUGCAUACUCUUAGCAAAACUGCAAAUAUGACAAUACAGUUUCAAGACAUUAGAAAAAUGGACUCUACUUGGUAUACCACCCCUACUAUGGCCUCUUUGACCAGCACUGCUGCAACAUCAGUGGAGGCAAUAACUGAAACAUCCCCUGGGGAGAGUUCAACUUCAGUGCCUUUUGACUACAGAGAUGACCCCAAUGCUGUGAAAGCAGUGGAGCCCGUCUCCAGACUCACCACUUCAAUAAUAGGUUCCACUGGUGCACUUUUGUUUUCUGCCAUGGGAAUUGUGAUCUACGCAUGCAAGUAUGGAAGGAAGCUACCUUGUCUUGGAAGUGCUCGAAGAAAAGAAAACACAAAUGAAUUAAAGGAAGUGUCAUGAAAUUCAAUAGGCUAUAUGUAACAUUUGAUAACUACAGUACACUACUACAUUACAUAAAGAAAACACAGAAACAUUCAAAUGGUCUUAUUAAUGCAAUAAUUAUUAAUUCUCUAUUUGCUAAAAUAUGUUUAUAUAUUUUAGCAAAUAAAAUAUGUUUUAUAUUUGACAUUGACUCUCUUUGUAAUUAAUUGUCAGCAUACACAAAAUAUUUUAAACUAAGGGUUUUUUUGCAUCUAUCUUUAAUCUUUCAACUCAGGUCUACCUACCAACAAUUUUGACUGAAAGAUGAACGCCAUUAGACUAGUUCAUCUAAAUUCUGAGUUAGUUUAUGUACAACAAAAGGACAGGCUUCACUAUAAGACCUUUAACAAGUUCAUGUCAUGUAUAACUGACAAAGUCCUAGAAAUUUCCAUAAUGACUCAGUCUAGUUUUCUAUUGUUGUGAUGCAGCAUCAGACUAUUCACACAUGUUUAUUAGGGUGUUUCCAAGAUUUAUGUCAAGUUGAAAAGAACAGCUAUGCCAAUUCCUGUGGGCAGUAAGGACAGUGAAAUAAGCAAUGAAGACAAUGUAGUUGUAAGAGUGGAACACAGCAUCAGGUAUGACCUAAAGUGAGAACGAUGUGAGGAUGGGUAGGAUGAGAGUGAAAAGUAAGGCAGUGAGGAGAAUUUUCAACCAGGGAUAGGCUUUUGGUUGUCGCUGAUCAGGGAUCAGGGAUCCAUGGCCAUUACCUAGUCCCUAUCUGAAAGAUGGUCUAUCCACCAUAUAAAGGGUGGCAGCCUAUUACUUAGGCAGGUGUUCUCCUGCGUGUCUCUUAUACACAUUGUACUGUAGACAAACCUUUACUCUGUGCAGAAUGAUGUAAAUGUAUUCCUCUGAACUGUAUAGGCUAGAGAAUGGAAUGGAGCCUUUCAGGCAUCAAAAAGGGAAGAGGGAGUCACUCCCAUAUGUAUAGAUCAGGACGGAUAGUACUGCCCAUUGGCCUUAGUGCACUGAAAACCAAGGCUGACGCAAAAAUGACAACUGCCCUGACCAAAUAUGAGUGAAGUGCAGUAAGUGUGAUGUUCACCUGGCUGGGCUUCACCACAAAAUAAAUGUCUGGUUGAGUUUCACCAGCGAUAUGAAAAGCAACAAGGGACCCAUCUAACACACAGUGAAGAGACGUUUUAUGACUUGAAUCAACGUGGUAUAUACUCAAAAUUCAUUGUUCAUAAAUAUGUCCAUGAAUAAUUAAUCAAUUUAUCGUUAAUGAAUUGUUUUUUACAUUGACAAAUCGUGAAAAAUUAUAUACCUAAAUGGGACAUAGUCAUUUAUAAAUGACGGUACCCCAAAAUAAAGGUCAAAGGUCAAUUGAAGGUGUUUGAAUUGUUUUCCAUUGAUAUUCUUAAUAAGUCCCAUAGAGGGUUAAUUGGGGGGAAAAAGAGGGUUUAGAGUGUAGGCUACACAGAGCGUUUUGGGCUUAUGCUGCAUUUUCCCAGCAUAUUUUACUCUUUGGGCAUUUCCCUGCAUGAACACUGUCCUAACUUGACAUUUCAGCGUUUCUGUCCUUUUGGCUAUAUUUGGUAUUGAUAAAAAGGCCUAUACAUUCACUUUGAUAUAAAGUUAAUUUGUAUUGCAAUGUAGGCCUAAUGUAAUAGACUAUUUGACAUUUAUUUGACCUCAGGCGUAAACAUGAAACAAGCCUAUUUGUGCAGUGCCUCAUAGCCUCAAGUCGUCGCAAAAUUGUGUAAAUGGUAGAAGAUACUGAAGUCAAAUAAGAAUGUCCAUAUAACCAGGAUAAGUCAAUUUAAAAAAGUCUAUUAAAUCAUAAAAUCCAACGGGAAUAAUCAUAGACCUGGGAUUAAUCUUUCUUUUACUGUGCAUGGGAUUAAUACACGAUGCACUCGACUCCGUGGGCAGAAAAAGGACCAACCCCCUCCGAAUCGUCUUGCGUAAAAUCCUUGCGACACUCAGCAGGUCCAAACAUGGCGGCGUCUAGGCUUGAAAUAAAUUUUAUUAGGUUAUUGUCGCGGUGUGAAUCAAUCGCUUCAGAAAAACGAGGGGAAACGGAAUGGAGGCUAGAGAAGUAUGUUGGUGCGCUAGAGGAAAUGUUGGUGGCGUUGAGGAAAAGUCCAAGCAAACCAACUCCAGAGGUUAUAACAGAUUACACUCGAAAAGUGGAUUUUCUAAAGGGGCUGUUGGAAGCUGAAAAACUGACCUCCUCUGCCGAAAAGGCUCUGGCUAACCAGUUCCUGGCCCCAGGAAGGACCCCUACUAUCGCCAAUGAGAGAAUGCCUGCUAGCAAGACGGUUCACAUGCAGACCAAGGCCCGAUGUGCUGGAGAAAUGCGCAGUGAGCUCAUGGGGAAGGGGUCCUCGGUCACAGAUUCACCCGAGUCAGAGCUGCGACAGAGAAGAACAGUGCCUUUGGAUGAGAGACAGUCUGCCACCGAGCUGGACGCUAUCCUCCAGCACCACAACAACCUGCAGGAGAAACUGGCCGAAGACAUGCUUAAUCUGGCCCGCAACCUGAAGAACAACACACUGGCACAGCAGAACAUAAUCAAGCAAGACAAUCAGACCCUCAGCCACUCUAUGCGGCAGGCGGACGUCAACUUUGAGAAGCUGAAGACUGAGUCAGACCGGCUGGAGCAGCACGCCAAGAAGUCGGUCAACUGGUUCCUGUGGCUCAUGCUCAUCCUCGUGUCCUUCACCUUCAUCAGCAUGAUCCUCUUCAUCCGGAUCUUCCCCAAGCUCAAAUGAUGACCCGCCUCCGCCCCCGACGGCACUUCGCUAGAGUUAGUUUCGGAAAUGUGUUUUUUUUCCCCCCGUUUACACACAAAGCAUGUGUGGACGUGCACACGUGCACAGCUAGAAGAAAAAAAAAGAGAGAGAAGAGGCUGUCAUUGUAUUUAUUUCAACAGAGGAGAGGUGAAGCAGACGAGGCUGUCGCCUGGAUCUGAGAGGACAUGAACAUGGUCGGUUAGAGAGCCUUAAUCGUCACACAGGGGCUGCCCGCUAGCAGUCUGCUGCUGUGCUGCACAGCUCUGCGCACCAGUUGGACUGAACUGCACUGUCAUCACAACACGUCGUCGCUUUUCCUCUCCAUUACACGCACACGUGCUGCGGAUGCCGAGCGUGGCGCACAGGACGACUCCGAUCUGGUUUCCACAUCUGUCCCUCGCGGCCUUCUCGUUUUCAGUUCUGAGCGAACCCUUGGCAUCCAUACAUAACUUGUCCGGUUUGUGUCAUUGACGCAGUCAUGGGGUGUGGUGUUCCAGUCAUCUGUUUGUUGUUGUUCGAUGUUGUUUGUUGUUUUGUUCACAGCCCUAUCAUGCAUGGAUGUUUGGUUGAGUGUGUCAGUAUGUUGGAGUGCAUUUUACAUGCGGGAUUUUCCUGUCUUGGCAUCCAAGGCUGCUCCUUUGGUUGUGCAUUGCUGUCCCCCAAUGAUGUUUAACCACAUCUUAUUCAUAGUGCCCCCUGGUGGAUAACUGGCAUUCCUGCAUGUUCCGUAGGAACCUCUGAAGUGUUAAAGGAAUAGAAAAAAAGCAAAGGAACUAACAGUGUGUUAGGCUGCAGAUGUCACCCAUAAGUGUAAUAGUGACCUAAUAUGACUAGACUUACCAGAGAGAGGGAAGGGGAUGGGGGUGGUCUCUUCUGUAUUUCCAAGUGAAUGUUCUGUCUUAAAUGGUCUCAAAACAAACCGACUAUUUUGGGCUGUCUGGCCUGUCCAAGCUUGUUGCUCAAAAGUUUAGUUGGAUGAGUUGCUGUAAUUUGGAGGUAUGUCAUGUGUUUCUUCCAGCCAGGUAUGUCAAAGACCAAAGGGGGGGUUGUAGUAAUAGAAAAACAGACUCAGACUAAAACAAACCUACCUGAAGCUUCCCCCUAGUUCUUUGACAUGCCAGGAUCACUUUUAAUCCUCGCCUACCUAUGAACAUAAUGUCGUUUUGGGAGUUUUUGAUGGAUUGUUUGUCAAGCUGAAUUCCUCAUGCAGAGAUUCGUUAUACAGAUCUGUGUAAUGAAAGAAUCAAUCAUGUCUAACACCUUUUCCCUAGAAAAUACGUUUCUUCCUUGCGUGUAGUCACUGUCAUUCAGUUUCUUCCUGAUCAUAGCCCAUAUCCCAUACAGUUUCUGAGGAAUUUUGUCAAAGGCAAAAAAAACGUCCACUCUCCAUGUAGAAUAAACUAUAUGAAGUGUUUUAUUUUAAUAAAAUAACUUUGAAUCUGU